AUGACCAGGGCAGCUCAGUUGAUAUGUGAUCAGGACUCGAGGAACAAACAUCAUGCGCAGGACCUAGACGGCAAGGUCCAACAGUUGCACAACAUGUCCAGUAACAUUGGACUGUUCCCGAACAUCGAAAACUAUGACAACACCAUCACGGUACCAGUGACCUGGAUGAAGUACACCCAGGAGAACAUCGGGCGAUCGCAGCGGGAACGCGAGGCCUCGCUGCGGUUGCGUGGCGAGAUGGACGCUCUGAUGAGGCAGUGCAACACUGAGAUGAACGCCCACAACAACACGGCCAAUGCCGCCCUACAGACGCGCGUCCAGGAGCUUCAGGAUGCAAAGAACAAGAUGCAGGCACACCUGCAGAAAACUCUCUCCGAGAUAAAGGAGAUGGAUAGAGUGAUCAUGAUGCUGCGGAAGGCAAUCUGCGACAAGGAGCUGCCGUUGAAGGUCGCGCAGACACGCCUGGAGGAGAGGACGAGAAGGAUUGAUGUGGAGCUGUGUAAUGAUCCGUCUAUGCAAGGAUCUGCCCUGGAGAACGACAUAGCCACGAAGGAACGCAGCAUCGAGAUUGACAACCGCAGCUGUCUGGGUCUCCGCAAGACAAACACCUACUCAACCAAACUGCCCAUGGUGGCUUAA